UUCUCUUCUUCUUCUCCAAAUAAUUGCUCCCAUUCUUUCUCGUCUCUCGAAUCAAAAACCCCUAGAAAAAUAUUUCCUUUUUGGAUAAUAUCUGCAAAAUCUUAGCUUUUGUGAAUUAACAGUCAUGGUGAUAUCUUCAAACAGAUCUCCUUCCCCUAUUUCAAGCAGUAAAACAAACCUCAAUAAUCCAAGAACCCCAGUUAGCAAUAAUAACCUCAGAAAGAGUUUCAGUCGAAAUCCACUAAACAACCCUUCGUUUGUUCGUAAUUCGAAAAACUUCAAUCCAACCACUCCGGCUAAUACUCCAACAGAAUUUUCACAAAGAAAUUCAUUGUUGAAUGAGUAUAAAGAGAAUGAAAAAAAUCCGAAUUUGAAGCCUGUAAAGAUAAGAUCAUCAUCACCUAUUACUAAGCACUUCAUGGCUCCAACAAUCUCCACUGUUUCAAAAAUUGCUGCUCCUUCACCAAGAAAGAAAAUUUUGGGGGAGAGGAAUGAACCAGUUAGGGUUUCUGAUGAUAGAAAGUUAUCAUUUGCAGAAAAGAUUCAAUCAUGUUCUGAUUCGGUUUCUUGCUCUCAGGUAUUACCCCCUAAAGUUUCUACCAUUGAAAAUCAUUCAUUUACUGAAAUUUUUGAAUCAGGUUUGGGAUUAGCCUCUGGUUCUCAGUUACCCUCUAAAACCCUAGAAAGUAAUAUGUCUUCAAUUUCAGAUCCUAUUGAAAACCCCAUUUUUGAGAUCAAGGAAUCUCUUCAUUCUUCCGUAACUGGAGAGAACCAAUUAAAACCAGAUGAUAACUCUGUUGUUACCUGUUUAAUGGAAGAAAACCCUAGUAAAAAUUCUGUGCCUGAACUAGUUAAACCUUCUUGCUCUUCGCCUGUGCCGGUUUUAGCUCCACUAGACUUAGAUCCAUCACUUCCACCUUAUGAUCCCAAAACCAAUAUCCUUUCCCCGAGGCCAUUGUUUCUCUGUUAUAAACCUAAUCCCCGUGUCGAAGCUUAUCGCACCAAAGGAACAAAGUUAGAUGAUAUAUGUACAGCCUCUGAAAGCUGUUCUGAUGAUACUAAGAACACUGAAGAAACUGAGUGUUCAGUUGAGUCUGAGGAUGUUGCAUUGUCAGAGGAGGUUGUAUCUGAGGCAGUACUGGAGCAAAUGCAAGAGAAGAAUGAGAACAUAGUAUGCAAGAAGAUGUCAAGGCAGCGCACAUUUGUGAGAACAAAGAUCAUCCCUUCUCUUUUAGUUUUUGUAGUUGCUUGUUUAUGCUUUACGGUUACAGAUUCUCCGGUUUAUAACGACGACUCUAGCUUCGAGUUUGGAACUUCUGCGAUGGAAAUGAGUCCUAUUGAUAUUGUAUAUAACUGGGUAGAAAUGUCUGCUUCAUAUCUCUCUAUGCUGAACUUUAUGCCUAAAGGAGUUGAUACAAUGAUUCCUUUUAAUGUUGCUAAUUUAACUAUGGUAAACAAUGAGUACCGAACACGGGGCUAUGGUGAGAAUGCAAUAGAGGAAAUGCAAGGAAUGAAUGGUCUUGGAUCCCAAGAGGAGAUGGAAACUAACGAGGAAGUGAACCAGGAAGAAGAGAGUUUCUUAGCUGUUAAGAGUGAGGAUUUGGCUGACCUUGAUCCUGGAAUGAUAAAAGAGUCCGCGGCGAUCCAUGAAAAAGAUGGUAUUGAAAUUCCUCAGCACAAGGAAGAAUCUGUCAGUCCUCAAAGCUCAGAAGUAGUUGAUGCAAAGGAGAAGAGUGAAGCCAAAAUGACUGAGGAGGAAGUGAACCAGGAAGAAGUUGUUGAGACAGAUGACAAGAGUGAAAAUUUGGCUGACCAUGAUCCUGAGAUGAUAAAGGAGUCUGUGGCGAUACAUGAACAAGAUGGUAUUGAACUUCCUCAGCAGUAUAAGGCAGAAUCUGUCAGUUCUCAAAGCUCAGAAGUAGUUGAUGCAGAGGAGAAGAGUGAAGCCAAAUUGACAGAAGAGAGUUUCUUAGCUGUUGAGACAGAUGAUAAGAGUGAGGAUUUGGCUGACCUUGAUCCUGGAAUGAUAAAAGAGUCCGCGGCGAUCCAUGAAAAAGAUGGUAUUGAAAUUCCUCAGCACAAGGAAGAAUCUGUCAGUCCUCAAAGCUCAGAAGUAGUUGAUGCAAAGGAGAAGAGUGAAGCCAAAAUGACUGAGGAGGAAGUGAACCAGGAAGAAGUUGUUGAGACAGAUGACAAGAGUGAAAAUUUGGCUGACCAUGAUCCUGAGAUGAUAAAGGAGUCUGUGGCGAUACAUGAACAAGAUGGUAUUGAACUUCCUCAGCAGUAUAAGGCAGAAUCUGUCAGUUCUCAAAGCUCAGAAGUAGUUGAUGCAGAGGAGAAGAGUGAAGCCAAAUUGACAGAAGAGAGUUGUUUAUUAGCUGCCAUGGUAGAGGAGAAGAUGGAAGAAUUUGCUGAGCUUGAGCCUGAAAUGAUAGAAGAAUCAGUAGAAUUCCUAGAGAAAGAUGGUAUUGAUAUCCAGAGAGACACUGAUGCUGCCGAUUUAAAACUCACUCAGCAUGCCUCUGAAUCUGAUAGUUCUCAAAGCUCAGAAAUAGAUGAAGCUUCUCCUCAUGACCUAAGUUUGGGAACACUUGAAUCUGUUAUUCAUGACUUAGCAGAUAAGUCUCUCAAACAAACUGUGAUGCAAAUAUCUUUAGUUCUUCUAUCUUUGAUCAGUGGUGCAGCUUUCCUAUAUAUGAGAAGCAAAAAAGCCUCUACUCUAGAGCCUGUAGAAACAUUGCAGCCAAAAAAGUUGGUUUCUAGUUCAACAUCAACUAGUAUUGACAGUAAAAGGCCACAAAUUGAAAGGUUUUGUUCUCAAAACUGGGAAAUUGAGGAAGAGAUGGUGGCAGGACAUUCCGGUCCAUCAGGUAUGAGCAGUGACUUCCAGAACAGCUCAUCUUGCAAGGACAGGGAAUCUGAGCGAGAGAAUGAAGUGCAAAGCAGCCAGGGUCGUCCAAUUAGUAGAAACCUCGAUGUUGAAUCGUCAUCAAAUUACUCAGUUGGAUCUGUUUCUUAUGGAAGUUUUACUACAUAUGAGAAACUCCACAAUAAACAUGGUUAUGGAGACGAAGUGGUGACUCCAGUUCGCCAUUCAAAUAGAAUCAGAAAUAAGAUCGUUUCUCCAUAAACUAAAUCUCUACAUGCAAUGGGAUGCAGGUGUUUUUUAGUCGCCUUCUUUUUCUUUCUUGGACUGAAUUACGAAGACUUGUCAGGGGAUGAGCAAAGCAGCACAUUCGGGAGUAAUAGUACAACAAAGAGUUGUAUGCUGCUGCAUGAUGUGAAGGAUGAGAGUUGCUAACAAUUUAGUUUACACAUUAGAGUAGUGUAGCAUCACAUUAUGUCAAUCAAUACUUCAUCAUUAUCAUUUUCACGCUGAUUUCUUAGUUCAAAUUAUUGGAUUUCUCUGAGUUGUAAAAUGGGGUUUGAAUUUGAAACUUAUUUAUGUGUUACCUGA